AAUUACAGACAUUCGCUACAUUGAUGAGUAAUAAUUGAUUUUGAAGUUGUGCAAGAAAUGCACGCACGCAAUAUCAUGAGCGCAAGCUCAACGACCUUUCAAUCAAUGCACCUGGACUGUCGUGGACAGUUGUUUUCGACAUGUUCACGAGUACGCGUCUGUCCGCUCGUAGUCAGUCGCGAAAUCCAAACUAUGAAGAGGACAUCAUUUACGUGACGAAACACAAUAAAUGGGUUUUAAAUUCCAUUGGGAUUUGGCCGGCUAUGGUGGAGGGUAUCGGCAAAUUUUUACCAAGAAUCGCAAUCGGACUAAGUAAUUUAAUAUUGUUUUUCACCUUGGUGCAGUGUGUGCUACACAUUGUAUUUGAGCAAAAAGAUCCUUUGCUAAGACUGAAGAUUCUGGGCUUAACGUGCUUUUCUUUUAUCUCCCUGAUGAAGUAUUGGGCUCUGACAAUACGCAAACCGAAAAUCGAAUACUGUAUCGAACAGUUAUAUGCUGAUUGGAAACAGAUAGAGUACCAAAGAGAUCGCAAGUUAAUGCUAAAAUAUGGGAAGAUUGGACGAAGACUGACGGUAUACAGUGCUGUGUUUAUGUACAGCGGUGGCAUAAUCUACCACACGGUCAUGCAAUAUGCGAUCGGAUCGUACGUCGAUGAAUUUAAUCGUACGAUCAAAUUACUAGUAUAUCCUACGUACAGUGGUCUUUACGACGUCCAAAAAAGUCCCGUUUAUGAACUCGUGUACGUUCUCCAAUGCAUAUGCGGGUAUGUGUUUGACACUGUGACAGUUGGAGCUUGUGGACUGGCUGCACUUUUCGCAACACACACCUGUGGACAGAUUGAUGUCAUUAUGUCUCGACUGAAUGAUUUGAUUGAUGGAAAAUUUUCCAAGGAAAAUUCUAAUACGAGCGUUCGACUGAUGGAAAUCGUUGAACACCAUAUAAGAACUUUAAAAUUCUCUGCGAUGGUUGAGACGGUUCUUCAAGAAGUGUGCUUUUUAGAAUUCAUUGGAACAACGUUUGUAAUGUGCUUGCUCGAAUACUAUUGUAUAACGGACUGGCAACAGAAUAAUAAAAUUGGCCUGACAACAUAUUCGUUAUUGUUAAUAUCCUUGACGUUCAAUAUGUUUUUACUGUGCUACAUUGGUGAUCUGCUAAUUGAAAAGAGUACUAACGUCGGAAUAUCCUGUUGCAUGAUAGAUUGGUACCGCUUACCAGCCAAGUCAAUGCAAAACCUCGUUUUGAUCAUCGCAAUGUCAAAUAAUCCGGCAAAAAUUAGCGCCGGUAGAAUGGUUAAUUUAUCCUUGUCUACAUUCGCAAGUGUUCUAAAGACGUCAUUCGCGUACUUAAAUUUUCUCCGAACUGCCCUUGUGUAGUAAUUUAAUAAUUGUUCAAUUUCCCAGUAUUUAGGCGUAGAAUGAUAAAUAAAAAAUUAUAUCGUAAAAAUAUUCAGUCCUGUUUAAAUACUUGACAUUCUCAAAUAUUAUUACAGGUUAUCCAUUGGAUAUAUUAUUUUUAUAGUUUGAUAAUGAUAUAUGACAUUUUGAUAACCGUAUAUGUAUAAUUGUUUUCGCAGUAGCUUAACGAAAUGACAAAAAAUCACGAGGAACAUCGACAUAUUGAUAUUUAUUUACUGAAAUCAUACUAAAAUAUCAGAGUAAAGACAUAAUACAUUUUAUCAUUGCUAUUUAAUUUCAGCCACGUAAAUUGUUAUGUCUAUUACAUUUAGAAAUAUUUUUUGCAUAUUAAGUGAUAAAAGAAACCACAUACAAAUUCCAAAGUAUUUUAUUUAUGAGUUACUUACCCAUUUAAAUAUUACUAUUUGCUACAAACAUAUACGCUAUACUCUUUCUUAACACUACAAGUACU